UGUUGCACCUGUGCUUGACAGUCAGGCAUCUCAGAGGCUGUGCGACCCCCCCGAAGCAGCAACUACUGCCUGACAACGACACAGUCCUCAUCCUCUGACGAAGGACUCCUCAUGUCCGCCCAGGGCAGGGAUGGAUGAGAGUACUUUCGAGACAUUUGAGGACGAACUUGGUACCCCUCUGCAGGAAACAACCCCUCCCAAACCCAUUAGACAGGCACGCCGAUCAGAAAUGUAUGCUGCUCAGAGGCGAAUGAGAGAGGAGGCGGCUUCAAAUCCUCAGCAAGUCCCCAAAACCAUCCCCCGUGAGACCCCGUCCUCCAGGACCAAUGCAAUGUCAGGUCUGCGGAGGGCCUUGUCCAUGCAGAGCCUGUCCCAGGUGGAGGUGCCAUUCCAGGGUGUGACGCUGAACCGCUGUCUUUUCAUCGCCAUCACCAUACUGGUCAUCACAUCUGGGAUCCAAAGACUCCACGAGACCUUGCGUGGCCGACGGGACGUGGCUGAGGAAGAGUAUGGGUUAAGUCUGAAGCACAGCGCUCUGAAGAAGCAUCACCAUGAGCCAGAGCCUGAGAGCUCUCUAUGGGACACUUUCUUCUGGUGGGUGGCCGACGAUGACGAUGACGAUGAAGAGGAGGACGGAGGGCGUGGCCGAAAGAAGAAAGGAGUCCGAGAGAAGUCCAGCAGGGGCCUGAGGAACAGAGCCUUGCCGGACAAGUUCCUGCUGAAGAAAGGUGAGGGCAGCCUGAGAGACAGGAAGGAGAAACGCAGGAGGGGCGAGGAGGAGGAGAGGGGCAAAGGAAAACGAGAGCACGAUAAGAAGGCAAAGAAGAGGAGGAUAGAGGAAGAAGAGGAAGAAGAAGAUGAUGAGAUGGAAGAUGAGGAGGAGGAGGAAGAGGAAGAAGAGGAAGUGAAACCAAAGAAGAAAAUGGCUAAAAAUGUUAAGGAAAAACCGACCCAUCCCAAAGGCAAGGUUAAGAAAGCCAACUGAUAACUUAUAGUGAUAGUAUAAGGCACAGCAUCUCAACCUCCACCCUAAUACACCAGAGAAACACCCAACUACAAACUGAAGACGCCAAGCUUAUGAACCUGUAAUACUGCUGUUUACACUUGAUCAUCUAUUCGAUACAUCAAUGGGUUUUCAAUCUUGCUUCCUGGGCCCUUCUGCAUGUUUCCCUGCACUACAACACCACUGGCACUCUUGAUUAACUGAACCCACUGCAUUUAGCUAUUUAAGAGCAUUCUAACCACACUGUCUUCAAAUGUGUGUGUUCAAUGCUUCAGCAGCUACAGUACAUCAAGAACCCUUACACUGUAUACAUCAGGUCCCUGAUACUGUACAAAUACUAAGUGCUCUACACAUUGACCUCUCACUAAACACAGAUCAGUGAUGAGGGACCAUAUUGCUGGAAACACAACAAAUGUUUGCCUGUCCACACAGAAAUGUGUGGAUUGAGCUCUGUAAUGCAUAAACAUAAAGAAGCACUUUCAACAUGUGCAUGAGAAUGAUUUGAAGACAUCUUAUGUGUCGCAUCUCUGACAUGGUAGAUAUAAUAGAUAGUGUGCAAACUGUGUAAACAGCCUUUAAACUAUUGCUAAGCAAAAACUAUGUGAGUGAAUGAUGAUGUGUAUAUACAGGCUGAAUCAAUAAAUUUGUUUAAUAAUC